AUGUCUCGCUACAUCAAUUUAGUAAAAAUUUCAUAUCAUUGUUGAAAGUAAGAUAAGAGUGUUCCAUGUAAACCAUUAGAAGAGUUUGAUAUUAAAAUAUACAGAGAAAAACUAAAUGAUAAAUAUGGAAAAUCACCAUUAGCAUCCUAACAUACUUAACCUAUAUCUCCUAAAAAAAAUAAUAAAAUUGGGUAUUCAAUUUAUUCUACAAUAGUAAUCCAAGUUUUGAUUUAUUGCAAACUAAAUUAAAAGAAUUUUCAAAUAAAAAAAGUACAUCACCAUUAAAAUCAAGAAUUGAUUAAAGUUCUCCAAAUAGAGCAACAGGAAUUUAAUAAUAGUAAAUAUUUCAAAAAUAAAAGGAUUUCUAAAAUAGGCACAUUAAAUUUUACAUUACCAUCUAAAUAAAUGAGAAUUGGAUCUGUUUAUAAUAUAUAAUAGUUCAAUGGUCCAAUUAGUGAAGAUAGAAAAGUUAAUCCUAUUAGAUUUGAAACAGAGAUCUAAGAAAAAUAAACAUUCUCUUAAAAACCGUAACGAUUUUAAAUAGUUUAUAAGGAUUACUAAUAUGAUUCCUCUUCAUGAAAUUAUGAAUAUGAGAAAUAAAUUAGAAAAUGCAUAAUUAAAUGUUAAUUAAAUUAGUUCUGCUUAUACAAGUGAAAUGGUUAAAUUGGCCUCUGUUAUUAAUUCCUAAUUGAAAAAGAAAUCAAAAUGA